AUGCUGCCUCCCUCUUACCUGAGUUGUUUGCAUUUUCUUCAUCUAGCGCCACCAAAGGAACCGGAUACCGUCAAGCUGGAUGAUUUCAUUCCAAACAAGGCUUCGCCUCAAUGUGUAGACCCAUUUGCCGGCCUUUGGAGUAUGAUGGGCAGUGCCUCUUCCGUGAAGGACAGCAAAAUGGCACCCAAGAAGGAAUCACCGAGGGAGUCGCCAGUUACAAAAGCUAGUCAGUCGAUAGCUGCCAGCGGUGAUACGACGACCACCGUCAACUCCGGGUGCAGCAACAACGAAGCCGCCAUUAUCCAACAGCUGCGGGUUCCACACGCUUCCUUCAUGUCUGUACUGUCAGUGCGACACAAGAGUCUCACCAACGUGCGUCUCAUGUGGCCACGCGACAACCUGCGUACUGCUCUGGAAUCGGCCAUCCUUAUGCAGGACCAGGCUGUCUUUGUUGACGUUCUGCGUGCUCUCAUCGCCAACAGUAAACUCUGGAACCUGGAACUUGUUGCCCUCCUCCUCCCGCAACUGACAAAACUCGUGUGGAGCAAGUACACAGUGUACGUCGAGACGGCCUGCCAAGCCGUUCGCGUCAUUCUGCGAAACUUUGCCUCCCUCAUUCGCCAGACCGUCAACAGUGCCCAUGCCCUUGGUGUGGACAUCAGCCUCGAAGAACGGUAA